AACAAAGAAAAUUAAAAACAAUAUUUUUGACAAAUAAAUAUAUUAUUUUUUGCAAUUUGCAUUUGAGUUGUCAUGACUGUAACCUAUACCGCAGAAGUUGCAACAUGCAAGAAAUUCGGUUGCUUUGUAAAAUUGCUGGCAAGAUGGAGAGGAAGCAUUUACAAAUUGGUCUGGAUGGAUUUGCUACUAUUUCUCGCUUUAUACUACGGAAUUAAUUUGAUAUAUAUUUAUUUACUGGAUAAAGAUUCCCAGAAGACCUUCGAAAGUGUGGUGUACUAUUGUGCCAGUUACAGCAGCCUGAUACCGCUCUCAUUUGUUUUGGGUUUCUAUGUCAAUUUGGUGAUGACCCGAUGGUGGGAGCAGUACAUAACCAUCCCUUGGCCGGACUCGGUGGCAGUCUAUGUCAGUGCCCAUGUUCAUGACCAGGACGAGCGCGGUCGUGUCAUGCGUCGCACAGUCAUGCGUUACGUCUGUCUAUGUCUGACAAUAGUCUUCACCAUGAUCUCGCCCUGUGUCAAGAAACGAUUUCCGAAAAUGAAACAUUUGGUUGAGGCCGGCCUCCUGCUGGAGAAUGAGAAGAAAAUCAUUGAGUCAAUGGAUGUGGCCUUUCCAAAGUAUCCCAAACAUUGGAUGCCAAUUAUAUGGGCGGCCAGUAUAAUUACAAGGGCACGCAACGAGGGUCUGAUACGGGAUGAUUUUGCGGUUAAGACCAUUAUAGAUGAACUGAAUAGCUUCCGUGGUCGCUGUGGCACCCUUAUGUACUAUGACUUUAUCAACAUUCCCUUGGUCUAUACGCAAGUUGUGACCAUUGCCGUGUACUCGUUUUUCGUGUGCAGUCUUUUGGCCCAUCAAUGGACUGAGUUCAAGAAAAACACCUACGAGGGCUUGGACUUCUACAUGCCACUCUUUAUUACAUUGCAGUUUUUCUUCUACAUGGGCUGGCUAAAGGUGGCUGAAACAUUGAUUAAUCCCUUUGGAGAAGACGAUGAUGAUUUUGAGGUUAACUGGAUGAUUGAUCGCAAUUUGCAAGUGUCCUAUUUGAUCGUUGAUGAAAUGCACCAUGAACAUCCGGAGUUGGUGAAGGACCAGUACUGGGAUGAUGUCUAUCCCAAUGAGUUACCCUAUGAAUCAGAGGCCAAAAGAGAACAACAUCCCGAGCACUCAACAGCCAAAUAUGAUGUGGACGAAUCCUUGGAACAGUCUUUUAAUAAAAUAUACCCGAGUGGGGAAACGGGAUCUGCCAUCGAUUCUCUGGGUAGUAUUGAAGGUGAGAUUUUGAAUAGAGUGCUAGAAAAGCGUUCUUCGGAGCCUCUCUUACAAGAAAAUUCCUCCUCGGAUGUGGAAAGUGUACAAAAAAUCGUGUCUUAUAGAUCAUCAGAGUUUUCGGAAAAUAUUUUAUGGAAGAAGGACGAAAAUGAUGGUAAAUCACAAAUAACUUUAGAUACUAUUUCCGAAGAUAAACGAUUAGAACAUGAGAAAAGCGAAAUAAUGGGUGAAGAAGAAUCUUGCCAGGAGGAAGGAGAAGAAGUCCAGGAUACAUACGAAAGUGAGACUGAAGUUGAUCCCUUUGAGCAGUUACGCCUGGAACGUCAAUGGCAACGCAUCCAGAGAAUGCAUGAUUUUCUUCAACGUUAUUUUGGUCCACAUUUCAAAAUUGAAAUGCCACAGGUUAUUCCAGAUAAUGGAACCUUAACGAAAAGUAGGAAGGCAUGUAGGAAGAGGACGAAGGAAGAAUCCAACUCUGUGGAAAAUAAUACUUCAAUGGAAUCAAAUUUGAGAGAAAUUCUUGAUAACCUUCCUAUUAAAGGAAUGCAGAUACCCAGUGAUGUAUCAAUGCCAUUCCUUGUUGAUGAUGGAACUUCGCCAAUGAGUUCGGCAAAAAGUUACUCCACAGCUGGUAUUUCUGAAUAGAAUUCUUUGGAGACAUACCUCCUUCUUAUUGAAUAGCGCAGCAUUUUAAUAAUUUACCACACAAUUUAAUGUAAUUCCUUGUAUCUAGAAUGAAUUAUUUAAUUUUUAUAUUUAUUGCUUUUAAUAAACUAAAAUUGUGUUCCACAUA